AUGGCCAUCGUGCAAGAAUACCAUGAAUCAUCCAUCGCCGACCCGGUCCCAACAUUCACUCUCUCAAGCGGCCUUCAACGCGAGAUUGAACAGAACGGCAUCGCACGUCCGAAAGGCUACACAGUAUCAUGGCAUUACAACCCCAGUGUAGAAAACCACCACUUUGGACAAACCCAUCCCAUGAAACCAUGGCGCCUCACGCUGACAAAGUCCCUGGUUCUGUCGUACGGCAUGCACCACGCAAUGGACAGCUAUGUGUCCCGCGCCGCCACGAAAGAAGAACUCGCGGAAUUCCAUAAGGACGAAUACGUCGACUUCCUCUCUGUGGCGACGCCGCAGAACAUAUACGAAAUGUACCCGGAACUUGCCACCGGGACGUUGGGCUAUUCGUCGCACAUCUUCGGUGUCGGCGACGACUGUCCCAUCUUCGACGGCUUGUUUGAAUUCUGCUCCACCUACACAGGCGCCUCCAUCGACGCGGCUCGAAAACUCUGCGCCAAACAAUCCGACAUUGCGAUCAACUGGAGCGGCGGCCUCCACCACGCGAAAAAGGGAGAGGCGUCCGGGUUCUGCUACGUCAAUGACAUUGUGCUCGCGAUCCUCCAAUUACUGAGAUAUCACCCGCGGGUUCUUUACAUCGACAUCGACGUCCACCACGGCGACGGCGUAGAACAAGCCUUCUGGUCGACCGACCGAGUCAUGUGCGUCUCGUUCCACAAGUACGACAAGGAAGUCUUCUUCCCCGGCACUGGUCCGCUCGAAUCCACCGGUCCCAUCCACCCGGACAACCCGGGCAAGAACUACACGAUCAACGUCCCCUUGAACGACGGCAUUGACGACGAGUCCUACGACUACCUCUUCCGCAAUGUCAUCGAUCCUGCGAUCAAGACCUUCCACCCAACAGCCAUUGUAUUGCAAUGCGGCGCCGACAGUCUCGGCCACGACCGCCUCGGUUGUUUCAAUCUGAAUAUCCGCGGUCACGGCGCAUGCGUAUCGUUCGUAAAGUCAUAUGGUAUUCCUCUCCUCGUGGUCGGGGGAGGCGGGUAUACGCCCCGAAAUGUUGCCCGUGCGUGGGCGCAUGAGACGUCCAUACUCAUCGGCGCAGACCGCAACUUAGACCCAGCACUGCCCGAACAUAUGCCCCACCGCGACGCCUUCAGAAAGGAAGGCUUCACACUGUUCCCCAACCUGGGCGGCUGGCGGCGCGAGAAUCUUAACUCUCGCGCCGACAUUGAGAAGAUCAUCCGGCAUGUCAGGGAACAGCUGGCGGGGAUUAGAGGCGCGCCGAGCGUGCAGAUGACUUACAUCCCCCCGGACAUUGCGGGCUGGCGGGACGACGUCGAGGAGGAGCUGAAGGCAAGGAGGCUGGAAAGGGAGGAAAAAGGCGAAGAAAGGGAUGGAGCUGGCGGAUUAUUAGCCAAGGUCAGCAGGAGGAGGGAGCUUGAGCGAAGAGACGGAUUUGGGGGAAGUGUCGCGUUGGCUAGUGGGGCAGCAAGUCUGAAGCCAGGGGUAGGGGGAGGGGACGGGAGUAGGGUGUCGACCAGUGAGGACAAAAUAUGA